CCUUUCCUCUCUCUAGGCAGAGGCUUCAAAAUGAGCGUCCCUGACUACAUGCAGUGUGCUGAGGACCACCAGACCCUCCUUGUGGCGGUCCAGCCUGUGGGCAUCGUCUCGGAAGAGAACUUCUUCCGGGUCUACAAGAGGGUUUCCUCGGUGAGCCAGGUCAGCGUGCGGGAUUCCCAGCGAGCGCUCUGUAUCCGCUACCGGCACCACUACCCGCCUGAGAACAACGAAUGGGGCGACUUCCAGACCCACCGCAAGGUGGUGGGCCUCAUCACCGUCACAGACUGCUUUUCGGCCAAGGACUGGCCGCAGACGUUUGAGAAGUUCCACAUGCAGAAGGAGAUCUAUGGCUCCACGCUCUACGACUCCCGGCUCUUUGUCUUCGGGCUGCGGGGGGAGAUCGCCGAGCAGCCGCGCACCGACGUGGCCUUCUACCCCAGCUACGAGGACUCUGAGACUGUGGAGAAGAGGGUCGAGGACUUCAUUGAGUCGCUGUUCAUUGUGCUCGAGUCCAAGCGUCUGGACAGGGCCACAGACAAGUCUGGGGAUAAGAUCCCCCUUCUCUGUGUCCCCUUUGAGAAAAAGGACUUUGUAGGCCUGGACACAGAUAGUAGUGUGUUGUUGGGUCUGAAAAGACAUUACAAGAAGCGGUGCCAGGGGCGCAUGCGGAAACACGUGGGGGAUCUAUGCCUGCAGGCCGGGGCGCUGCAGGACUCCCUGGUCCAUUACCACAUGUCCGUGGAGCUUCUCCGCUCGGUGAAUGACUUUCUGUGGCUUGGAGCCGCCCUUGAAGGCUUAUGCUCAGCUUCUGUCAUCUAUCACUAUCCUGGUGGAACUGGGGGUAAGACAGGAGCUCGAACGUUCCAGGGCAGCUCACUUCCUGCCGAAGCGUCCAACAGACAUCGGCCAGGGGCACAAGAAGUUCUCAUUGACCCAGGUGCUCUCACCACCAACGGCAUAAAUCCCGACACCAGUGCCGAAAUCGGACGUGCUAAGAACUGUCUUAGUCCCGAGGACAUAAUCGAGAAGUACAAGGAGGCCAUUUCCUAUUACAGCAAGUAUAAGAAUGCUGGAGUGAUUGAGUUAGAAGCCUGUGUCAAAGCCGUGCGGGUGCUCGCCAUUCAGAAGCGGAGCAUGGAAGCUUCGGAGUUUCUCCAGAACGCACUUUACAUUAACCUUCGGCAGGUGGGUGUGUGCUCCUGCCGGGGAGGAGGAGACGCAGUGCCCGGGACGGAUUCACUGCCGAUGCCCCUGGGUCUGCGAGGCUGGGAUUCUUGCGGUGCGCACCGGGGCUGGGCCGCUGUCCAGGUGCGCCUGCUGCACGAGCUGGUCUACGCGUCCCGAAGGAUGGGCAACCCCGCCCUUUCUGUCAGGCACCUGUCCUUCCUGCUGCAGACCAUGCUGGACUUCCUGUCGGAUCAAGAAAAGAAAGAUGUGACUCAAAGCCUAGAGAACUACACCUCCAAGUGUCCUGGGACAGCGGAGCCCAUCACUCUCCCAGACGGCCUCGUGUUACCUCCGGUGCCCUUCACCAGACUGCCCAUUGUCAGAGGAUGCUCUGGGCUUACCUUCUGCUUGCACUGCUCCCAGCCCUGCCGUCGGCUGUUCCUCAAGGAGCCCCAGUCCCUUGCAGGAGACCAGGACUUUGCUGAGGGUCGGAGUGCCCAUCACUAUUUCCAAUGGGUUCAAGGAGAUGUGUGUGAAGUCCAGCUGAUGGUAUACAACCCAAUGCCAUUCGAGCUCCGAGUUGAAAACAUGGGGCUCCUCACCAGUGGAGUGGAGUUCGAGUCUCUCCCCGCGGCACUUUCCCUCCCAGCGGAAUCUGGACUUUACCCAGUGACGCUCGUUGGGGUCCCACGGACGACUGGGACCAUCGCUGUGAACGGCUAUCACACCACGGUCUUCGGCGUCUUCAGCGACUGCCUGCUGGACGACCUCCCGGGGAUAAAGGCCGGCGGCUCCACGGUCGAGGUCAUUCCUGCUCUGCCCAGGCUGCAGAUCGGCCCUUCCCUGCCCAGAUCUGCACAUUCGUUGCAACCUUCCUCUGGUGCUGAAAUAUCUACUAAUGUGUCAGUCCAGCUUUACAAUGGAGAAACUCAGCAACUUGUUAUUAAAUUGGAAAAUAUUGGAAUGGAACCAUUGGAGAAACUGGAAGUCACCUCAAAAAUUCUCACCACCAAAGAAAAAUUGUAUGGCGACUUCUUGAGCUGGAAGCUGGAAGAGACCCUUGCCCAGUUUCCUCUGCAGCCUGGACAGGUCGCCACCUUCACCGUCAGCAUCCGGGUGAAGCUGGAUUUCUCGUGCCAGGAGAGCCUCCUCCAGGAUCUCAGUGACGACGGAAUCAGUGUGAGCGGCUUCCCACUGUGCAGCCCCUUCCGCCAGGUCGCGAGGCCUCGAGUGGAGAGCAGACCUGUGAACCCCACUGAGGGCAGCAAGCCUGGGGACCCGGGCCACACAAAGACCCUGGAAGCUAUCCUGAAUUUCAAAUACUCCGGAGGCCCAGGCCACAGUGAAGGAUAUUACAGGAACCUCUCCCUGGGGCUGCAUGUAGACGUCGAGCCAUCCGUGUUUUUCACCCGAGUCAGCACUCUGCCGGCAACCAGCUCCCGGCAGUGCCACCUGCUCCUGGAUGUCUGCAACUCUGCGGAGCAUGAGCUGACCGUCAGUGCCCGGAGCGAAGAUGAGCUCAUCCUACGCGCCGGCGAGUGCCAGCGAAUGGCUAUUCAAGUGGACAAGUUCAACUUUGAGAGUUUCCCAGCAUCCCCUGGGGAGAAGGGACAAUGUGCAAAUUUGAAGCAGCUGGAAGAAGAGAGGCAGGAAGCCCGAGGCCUGGAGAUCAACAGCAAGCUGGACAUCCGCUGGAGAAUCCCCUCCCUGAAGCGCACAGGCGAGGCGAGCGUGGAAGGUCUGCUGAGCCAGCUGGUCCUGGAGCACCUGCAGCUGGCUCCUCUGCAGUGGGAUGUGCUGGUGGACGGACAGCCGUGUGACUGUGAAGCGGCGGCCUGCCACGUGGGUGACCCCAUAAGCCUGGAGGUGCGGCUGACCAACCGGAGCCCACGCAGCGUGGGGCCCUUUGCCCUCACUGUGGUCCCCUUCCAGGACCACCAGAAUGGCGUACACAACUACGACCUGCAUGAUGCCAUCUCCUUCGUGGGCUCCAGCACCUUCUGCCUUGACACGGUGCAGCCGUCGGGCCAGUCGGCCUGCCUGGGAACCCUGCUCUUCCUCUGCGCUGGCGACUUCUUCCUGCACAUCCGCUGCCACGCGGACGGCUCGGGCAAGGAGCUGCCGCAGUCCUGCUUCUGCCUGCCCAGUGUGCACGUGCGCGCCCUGCAGGCGCGGGCCUGAGCCCCUCCCGGCCCCCGGGUUCCUGUUCCUUCGGGUGGGGGUGCCCAGGCGGCCGCAGAGCCCAGCCUGGCCCCUGCCCCCAUCAUGGCUAGGCACUCCCCGAGGCACCCGACCCCUGCCCUCCUCCCCGGGCCCCCGCCCCGUCCUACCCUUUCUCCUGCAGCGUGGAUCCUGAGCUGGCUGCGUAGCUCGCAGACACGGCAGCCUCACGCCUCCCCACAGUGCCCCCCGGGGUCCCUCCACUGGAGCCUGGCACUAUGGAUUUGUGUGCUGACCAGACCCCAGAGGCCGGCCCCCACCCAGCCCCGAUACGGGCACCUUGCCCCUGGGGGGUGCCAGCCCAGCCAGGAAGAGGCCAAGGCAGGUGUGAGGGCAGAGCUCAGCCCGGUGGGCCUGGGAAGCCGCCGCAGCCCCCUCCACUCUUGGAAUCCCCAGAGGCAGCCUGGGCAGGAGAGAUGGUGCUGAGGGGUGUGGACACCAGGGGUUCCAGCUGCCCCCCUAUAGCAGGCAAGUGUCAGAGCCUGUGCCAGCUCUUCUGGGCCCUGGGCCGCUUCCAGUCCGGCCUCUGGGCUGCCACGGCCCGUGUGCCUCUGUGUGUCCGUGACAUAUUGUCCAGUAAGGGGCCUGCCUUCUGCUCUGCUGCUCCCUGUCCGUGCAGCUGCUUGUCACUUGUGGGCAGGGGGCCGCCCUGCCUGCUCAGCCCCCAACUCAGGUGGGGGUUCUAGCACAUGGGGCACCCAACAGAACCCCCUUGACACACAGCUGGGGCCAGCACAGCUGGCCAUUGUCUGUCCCUGUGACCCCCAGCCCCUCCCUGCAUGCAUUUUUUGGGCCUGGCCUCUCAACCCUCUUGGACACUGACCUGACCCCCAGGCCAAGGUCCCCAGCUGCCACCAUGGCUCUGGCCAUUUCUGCCUCUUGCUUUCUCACAUGAGGUCCAUGCAGCAUCUGCCUCUUGUAUCCCACACACAUGCCUGGGAAGACGUUGGGGUAACAGCGGCAUCAAGAAGUGUGGGCGCACGUUGUGUCUGGGGGGUCCCUGGUGAGAUGCAGAUGGCCCCUGAUGAGGCCGCGGUGGCCCUCAGACCCACCCCGGGAGCUGGCACUCCAGCCUCCCUCCCCUUCUGUCCGUUCCCCUCUGGGUCCCCCUCCCUGCUCGUCCCUGGAGCACCCACAGACCACCUGCGGCCCCCACCCCAGCCCGAUCAGAGCCCAACCCCUCCCCCCAGCAAACUCACUCUCACUUCCUAAGCGGAAUUCUGGGGCCAGAGAAAGAUCAAAAGCCCUAAGGUACAGAGAAGGGGUAGGGUGAAGCCAGGGGUGUCCAAGACUCUUGGGGGUCCCCCCAUUCCCGCCAGGCCACCUAGGCAUCGGGUAUAGUGCUGACUCAUGGGGCAGAGGAUGCUCGCGGGGUCUGGGAUGCGCUGCCCCCAUCACCAGGUGGGACGCUGAGUCUCUGAGUGCCUGGAGCACACGGCAAGAGGCGGGGGCCGAGCGGGCUCAGCGUCCAGCACGCGGCCUCCUGCUGCUCCGGUGCUGUCACUCUGGGGGAGAACCAGGAGCCCCUCCACCCACACUUCACCCUCUGUUCACAGGCCCUCGGGCACCCAGGCCUCACAGGCCAGGCCGCCCCCAGAAGCACCCACGGGGCUGGGAGGGCGCUGGGAUGGGAGUCCAGCCUCGCCCCCGGCUGUGGCCCUGAGCAGGAGCUCCUUAUUCAGCCACGCAGAGCUUCCGUGCCUGUGCCGGCGCGCUCAGUCCAUCGGCCCCCACAGGCAGGCCGGGCUUCUCACUGAGGCCUGCCCUUAGCCACCGUCCCUGCAUGGCCAGAAUUGCAGCUGCCGCCUGCCCAGGACUGGAAAAAGGGCGCGGAGCCCCCUGGCCACACCUGGUUCUCAGCUGCCCAGAAAGGGUCUUAGCUCGAAUGCCCCAUAGCAAACCCUGGGACCGGGAUCUGAGCCCGAGGGAGGCCGAGGAUGUGGGGAUGGGGAGGGUCAGAGGGAAGAGAAAGCAAGUGAGGGUGCACUGGGGUCCCUGGCACUGAAAUCCCCAGGGGACUUUGGGGGACAGUGAGAACAUGCCUCGGAAGCCCCCAGCCCAGGGGCCAGAGAGUUGGCCUGUGCACUCGACCCCCUGAGGGCUCAUCCCGCUGCCGCCUUCCCUGCGUGAGCAGUCCAGUGGCACCCUGCCUGGGCUGGUGAAGGACGCCAGCCUCGGGAGUGGCUGAGGCCGUGGGGCUCCAGGGACCUCUGGGGGCAGUGAGCAGGGAGGCGGGGCUUGCCCAAGGCUGUUUCCUGAGACAAGCUGAGUGUGACAUGAUAGGUACUUGGUCUUUGCCCCCAGUUCCUGACCCAGAGCUACAUCCCUUGGGAUUUCCUGGGUGACAAGAGCAUCUCUGUUCUAAGGAGCUGACUCUGGGUGGGCUUCUGGAUUGCAGCUGGUCACCAGAGACCCGAGCUGAUUAGAAGUUUGGAACCUUCAGCCCCACCCCCAUCCUCCAGGGGCUGGGGAGAAGG